GAUACAUAUGGUACAAAACCAUACACCCGGUGUUCGGCCCCUUCUGUUGCCCGUGCUAUUGCGUGCAAAUGACUUCGCAUCAAAAUUGUUGUCACCUCAACCAACACAACAUCGCUUGAACACUUCCCAUCCGAUACUUUGCUUGAACACCGAGUAUAACGUUGAUGCCUUAAUUUUCGUACAGUGUGAACAAUCUACGUCGUGCUCAUCGAGCCUAUGCCAAGCAUCCAGGGAGCUUCCAUUUCUAACGCGACGCGUGGGCCGCCUAAAUGGAGGAAGGCUCAACCAUUUUGACGAUGGAAAGUGGGACGCCGGACGAUUCUUCCCAGGUCAAGCCCCGUGUCUGGAGAUGCUUAAACUGCCAAUUAAAACAUAUCCGCUGUGAUGGGGCCCUGCCAGUUUGCAGUACAUGUUUGCAGAAGGAUCGAACAUGCCAAUACCCCCAAUUUUCUGCACCCGCUGCGAAACCCAAUGUUCGCCAGCUGGCCUCUAAAAAAAGAGCUUUCAGCGCCUGUCUCGUAUGUAGAGCUGCGAAAAGGAAAUGCUCCGGAGAAACACCUGUAUGUGGACCGUGCCGAAAACGAGGUCUCGAGGCAAAUUGUGAAUAUGAUUCUACUACAUCCUUGCAACGAAAGCGUCCAGAACCACAUCGUGCAUCUUAUCCAGAAUCUCCUUCAGAUGAACGCCCAUCCAAACAGCCCCGGAUGUCUCUCCCGACAGUUCUUAAGGAGACUAAUGGAAUCCAAAAGCAACAGGUACAGCCACGGCUACGCCGACGCGAAAGUCCCAGCUUCCAGCUCCUGGGAGCAAUUUCUGAGACACCACCUGAAACAGACAAGUCCCACGAGGGCGAUGAUGAGGGAUCGUUCAUUCAAGGUGAUGAAAGCCUGGAAAGCCCACGGGGCUUUCAACCGCCUAUAUCUCCCCUUGCAGGACCAUCUGCCACACAAGCCCCAGAUAUCUCCUCUGUAGGUCAAGAAUCUGGUGAUUCCGAUGGAUCUGAAGAAGUUGAUGGCAGAGAACCAUACUCGGAUUCCUCUGACAACGAAACGGAAGUGGAUGAUCCCGACCUCUUUCUUCCGGGAGUCCGGCAAGCUGUUUUCCAGAGAACUGGUGUCGCAAAACCAGGAAGUACACUUGAGUCUGAUCGAGAGCUAAAGCGAUUAACCAAAGUUACAAAUCGGAAGACAAAAUUAUCAACAUUGUCAACAAAUUCGACGAAUCUUAGAUUUCCUCACCGUAUUGUUGCCAAUAAGUUAGUCUCUGCCUAUCUUUCACGGGAGUUUGUGAAUUUGCCAUUAUUUCAUCGAAACACUUUCACCCACCGGUAUGAGAAGCUGUGGAGGAAUAUUGAACUGUGGGACUCAGAAACAGAAGUUUCUCAUGAGGAUUGUUUGUUUAUUGGUCUUCUUUUCGGAGUGUUCGCCAUUGCAGCCCUGUUAUGCAAUCCAGGCCACCUUGAGGAUGCUGAACAGUACUUCGCGCGCGCACAAAACCUUGUAUUUCUGAAUGGAAUAGAAAAAGGAGGUAUUCUAAACAUUCAGGCCUAUCUAGUUCUAGCCCAGUACCUUAUUGCAGACAAUAACCUACCAGUUGCCUGGAAGUUUGUGGGACUAGCCAUUCGUGCAGCGCAGUCCCUGCAUCUGCAUCUUGUUACUGGAAGCCACCACUUGGCUCUGAGGGACAACCAAGAAUUAUCAAGACGAGUUUGGCAUUGCUCACUGAUGCUAGAACGCAUUAUCGCCAUGAAGAUGGGCAUUUCAACUCUAACGAAACAUUCUUUUGAAACCCCUCUCCCCGUCCCAGGAGACAAUGACUAUAUCGACCACCUCUCAACCAAUGAACCCGCGGACCGGAAUCCGACAAUUGACCGCCCCUCAAUCAUCGAAUUCUUUAACAACUCAGCGCGCCUCUACGACCGAUACAGUGACCUCAUCACCAUCCAAGAGGAACUCCGACUAACCGAACAUUGUAGCGCACGCAAGAAACUUGAGGUUUUUGAUCCCUCACCACUCAUAGCUGUCGAUCAGUCCCUCGCCAACUGGCAAUCAGGGUUGCCACCUUUUCUACACCCAAAUACAGACGUUAACUCAAUAAAGAACCUCCUAGCAAUGCGUCAGCAUAAAAUUCUCCGCAUCCGCUACCUCCACAUGCGUCUCCUCCUGUGGCGCCCGCUAUUGGCCAUAGUUGCAGCUGCCUCCCCGGACAUUGACGCGCGCUCAAGAAUGCAAGAAGCAACCUCACAGCGACCCUUGACUCACAUAAUCGCGCAUGAAAGUGCUGUAAAAUGUGUCCUCGCCGCAGCGGAGAUAAUCAAUAUCAUCGACGAAGCCGAGAGGAGCCGCGGUACAGAUAUCACAAAUGAAUACGACGCCCUCUCCAUCCCGGCAAUUUGGGAGACUACGGGAUAUGUGUUUGCGUGUGCACAAGUUUUUAUUGCAGCCCGUAGGUGCCCCAGGGGUGUAAUUGAUGACCUUGGAGGGAUGCAAAUGAUUAGGGAAGGGGCAUGGACAAGUAUUGAGUUGAUGAGGAAGUACUCACUCAUUUGGCCCAGGGCCAACGCGUGCUUGAAAGCAUUGGAGAAGUUGGAUAUUCUUUUCACACCUGGAAGGGAUGAGUGUAGAGGUGGACCGCGUGAUGGCGGGUUAAGUGACUUGUCGUGGUUGGAAUGCCUGCCGAUUGACCUACAAGUCUAAUAAUGACUAUACUAGGUUGGGGUGACAUUAUCUGAUUGGCUUCGGUAAUUGGAUGGUUAACUGGAUGUUCAUGACCCUGUUUGGCAAAGAUGGCGCCAAAACUCUCGUGGCGGUGUGGGUGUUUGGAAAGAAUUGCAUGCCCCUAUUAACACAACCUCGACACCACUUCCAUUUCGUGCUUUCUCCUUUGGACACCAACACCUAAUUGGUCGAUUCCUGAAUUUAUUUGACUUGGAAAUGUUAAUAAUCAGAAAAAUUUUGCUUCGUGUGUUUUGUGUCUCUUGGCCCAUGCUUCUUCACAUUUUGCGCCUUUCCUACUCCCACCCCCUUCCCGAAUUAUCUUUUCUCUCCUUACCCUUAUGCAGGUUUAAUAAUACUUUCGGACUUUUUUUUUAUCAUUCCCCUUUCGCCCCGAUCCCAGAAUCUCCUUCGGCACAGUUGCCUCCCUUAAAAGACGACAAUGGCACACAAUUCAUUCCGGCGGUGGCCGCAAAUGUCAACCGAUCCAUUUCCCAAGUAGAAUGCAGACGAGUCCGAGUCGGACCGAGUCACCCACCCACCAAGUCGAGUCCAAGUCGGGCCAUGACAACACGAGAUGAAACCCGAAUCGAGUUCUGGACGAGCCGAGUGCAUCACAAGUCGAGCCGAAUCAAGACGAGUCGGGGUCUUGGCGGACCAAGUCCGAGUCAACUCGGGAAAAACUCGGACUCGUCUGUACUCGAUCCCCAAGUAUUGGAGGGAAGCAAAAUUUCAGGUAUCUAACAGUACAGUACCAAGGACAUUUAUCCGGUGCAAAGAUGAAAGCAUUGUAGCUCUCAUUUGCAGGGGUGAUCAUUCGCAAGAUUAAAUGAAAAGAAAAACAAGAAAAGAAAGGAAAAAAAGAGUAAUACACAAAAGAAAGACCAUGCAGUACCUCAAUGUGAAAUGCAACGCCGGGGAAUCCACCUAUAUAUGCAAAUAUGCAAAAGGAACCGCUUGUAAAAGAGCAAAAAUGCAUGUCUAGAAUGCGGAAAGAAAUAUACACAAUGAAGGAGAAACAAUAGAAAAAAAAAGUUAGAUAUUUUUACAUUACACUUCCCAUAUCACAUACAUACCGUUCACUCCACAGCCGCAACUACCUUGCUUCUUCCCCUCUCAACACUAAACUAAAUCGACAUCACGCUCACCACGACGCAAACAACCAUUCCCAGAAAACUACCGCGUAUCUCCUUAUCGAGCGACAAGAAUCCACUUCCCGCCGUGCGGAACAGAGAUGAUGACAAUGUCUUCCGGUGUAGACGGGCGAGAUGACCCGGCGCUGGGACCCAGUGGGUGAAUUGGCGAAGAUGGUUUAUCAUGAUGAUGAUGAUUAUUAUUAUUAUUAUUAUUAUUAUUAUUAUUACUAUUAUUGGGUUUGCUAAGGGAUAGCUUUUGAAGCUGUUGUUGCUGUUGUUGCUGUGGCUGAGGGGUAUGCUUGAUUUCUAAUGCAAGGUGGAGGGGCGUCUCUCGGUAUAAUUGAGGUAGAUGUUUAUUGCGUUUCUCAAUUGUUCACAUCGUGGCUGUGCUGUGGUGGUAUUGUAUGGCUACUACUACCUUUGGACGAUAUUUGUGGCCGAAGUAUUUGUGAGGAUGGGAGAGGAUAUUGGUUUCGCUUUUGUUCUUUGUGUUGGUUUCCGUGGUGGCCGUAUACCCUCCGCACGCCAGAGACGGUGAUUGAACUGAAUAUCCUCUUGCUGGAAGGGUUGAGUAUCCGAGGUCUUUGAGGUGUUGAUUCUUUUGUUUCCCACAGCUCAUACCCAGUAGGGUGGUGUUCAAGAUUAUUGACCCGCUCGGGCAUGUUUCUGAAUGUAUGUACAGUACAAAACCCAUGGCAGCAUCGACAUUAACAACGACAAAAAACACAGACUAUCUAGAAUAUAUGUAUACCUUCAAACCCAUUUGCCAGGUUACUGAACGCAGCGGCAUUCUUCAUGUAGAACACAUCUCU